AUGGAAAGAAGAAACCAAACAAAAGUCAUAAACUUUCUCCUCCUCGGAUUCACAGAGAAGCCAGACUUGCAGCCUCUAUUUUUUUCACCGUUUCUGUUCAUGUACUUGAUCACAUUCACCGGGAACCUGCUCAUCAUCCUGGCCAUUGUCUCAGACUCCCACCUGCACAUGCCUAUGUACUUCUUCCUCUGCAACCUGUCCUUGGCUGACAUCUGUUUCACCUCCACCACCGUCCCGAAGAUACUGGUGAACAUCCAGACACAGAGCAAAGCCAUCACCUACACAGGAUGCCUCAGCCAGAUUUUUUUUUUCAUUGUGUUUGGAUGCUUGGACAAUUUACUCCUGACUGUGAUGGCCUAUGACCGGUUUGUGGCCAUCUGUCACCCGCUGCACUACACGGUCAUCAUGAACCCUCGUCUCUGUGGGCUGCUGGUCCUGGGGUCCUGGAGCAUUAGUGUCGCGGGCUCCCUGCUUGAAACCCUGACAGUCCUGAGGCUGUCCUUCUGCACCAACAUGGAAAUCCCACACUUUUUUUGUGAUUAUCCUGAAGUCCUGAAAAUUGCCUGUUCGGACACCUUUGUCAAUAGCAUGAUACUGAUUCUUAUCACUGCAGUCCUAGGUGUUUUCCCUCUUUCUGGGAUCCUCUUUUCUUAUACUCAAAUUUUCUCCACCAUCCUGAAGAUCUCCUCAGCUGGGGGCAAGUACAAAGCCUUCUCCACCUGCGGGUCUCACCUGUCGGUGGUCUCCUUAUUCUAUGGCACUGGCCUUGGGGUCUACCUCAGUUCUGCAGCUACUUCAUCCUCUAGGAAAACUCUGGUGGCCUCAGUGAUGUACACCAUGGUCACCCCCAUGCUGAACCCCUUCAUCUACAGUCUCAGGAACAGGGACAUGAAGAGGGCCCUGGAAGGACUCCUCCUCAGGGUGGUAACUGUCAGGGAUAAAGCAGUUACAGAGCUGUCAUGA